AUGGACCAGUACCGCAACUUUAUUUCCGAUGAGGAACCAUGUACCAUAACCAUAGUACAGCUCACCGAUUCCACUGUGUCUAUUGAAAGUAAUUACGACAUUGUAGGUUGCUUUGAAGAGGACUACAUAGAUGACGGGAAAGAACCAGACGAUAACGCAUGUGAAGAAAUAAGCGGAGAUGUUUCCCUAAAUUCCAAUAAUAACGAAAUUCAGAUGGACGAGUUAUUGCAAGAGCUAAGAUCAAAAUUUGGACUAUAUUCCGGGGAAGAAGAAUGUUUCCCCAGUAAUCCGCUAAUAAAUGAGAAUUUAGGUUAUGAAGAUUUCUUACCAUUAUGUUCAGAGAGCCGAAUUGGCAGAGUCGACUGGUGUACAUGUGAAAAUUGUGUGACAAUGCCCACCAACCUUGAAUCGAUAUGUUGCAAAGAAGUUGAAAAUGCAACUCCGUACAUCUGUAGUUUCCAAUGUAUCACACAGCAUGAAUUUUUUUCUAUUUUUUGUCAAAGAGAAGACACAGUCAACGUAGUUUUACGAAUUGUGGGACAGUUACAAAGACCACCUCCCAAAAAACAAGAAAAUCGGCACCAUCGUAAAAUUGCCUACAGAUCUUUCACAGCCUGGGUUCAUGGAUACCUAGGCAUUGGUAAUCGCAGACCUAUACCUUCUUGUGUAGUUAAUAAAGUGCGUACUUGUUUUCCUGACCCUGAUAGUGAAUAUACUGGAUUCAAGGAAUGCAACGAUCACCCCGCUGAAUUUAUGGCAUUCGAGUAA